ACCAGCUGAUCAGGUGGGACACAGUCCGUGUCCCAGACGGGGUUCCCAGCCUUAAUGCCCCUUUUGCCGUUGAGGGAAGUGAGGUCCCGAGAAGUUCAGAGACUUGCCCAAGGGAAUAGAGCCAGGAUUAGAACCCAUGUCCUUCUGACUGCCAGGCCUGUCCACUAGGCCACUGCGCUUCUCCGUGCUGCUGCCAGGUCUGGGCCCGGGCCGGUGGGCCUGCACACUGCCCCCGGAACUAGCGAACCCACCACGGGUGAGCGGACGGACUGACCGAUGGAUAAGUUUGUCAUCCGAAAGCCUCGAGCGCAGGAGAGUCCCCAGAAGAGAGCGCCCGAAGAAAAGGUUUACAAGCAAGCCACCCUGGAAUCGCUGAAGAGGGUUGUGGUCGUGGAGGAUGUUAAGAGGUGGAAAUCGGCGUUGGAGCUUCCCGGCCAGAGCGAGGAGGUCCUCAUGGAAGCCUUACGGGAACUGAGGAAGAAGAUACCCUCCAAAGAGGUGCUCCAGUCCACCCAGAUAGGUGACGCUGUGAGCGCGAUGCGUGGCCACACAGACCCGGCGGUGGCCAGCCUGGCGCGCGAGGUCCUCGCCGCGUGGGAAGCAUUUCUCACUCAUCACGCCAACAAGGCUUGCAUCGAGGUGCGGAGCGACCCCAGGACGGAGGGCCUCCGCCAGAAGGCCCGGGAGAUGCUCUCCCAAGCCUUGGAGCUGGAGGAAGCCGACCCGCUGGCCGGAUGCAUCAAGCGAGAAGCCUUCCACCUGUGCUCCCGCCUCGUCGGGGGCCCGUACCGGCGGACCGUCCGGGCCCUGGUCUUCGCGCUCAAGCACCGGCCCCAGCUCCGAGCGCAGCUGCGGAGCGGAUCGCUGACCGUCGGCGCCUUGGUGCGGAACCACCUAAAGUGACAGCGGGACGCCCUUCCUCUCCCCACCUUCGAACCAAGGCAGUUGAAAGAGCCUGUGGAUCUUCUCCCCGAGGUGGCUCAGUCUUCAACUAGGGGAUUCCCUGGGAGGAGAGGUCCGGCCCGGCCCGGCCCCCCGCCUCCGACUCCGGGACGGUCUGGGUGUGGGCUGCCGCCAAGCCACGGGGAGAGUGCGGCGGAGAGGGAGGGGAGGUCCCCGGAAUCGGCCAGGGCCCAGGGGGAGAGGCCGGGCGUCAAGUCACACACUCCUGCCCUGGUUCCCCAACCACAGCAGUCUCUGGCCCAAGGACACAGCCCACGGGGAAUGAGCCCGGGACUUUUUGUGGAUGGGACCUCGCUGCUUUUGCAAGUAAAUGGGGCCUUGUGAAUUUAUAGGCCGGAAAGACCACAUCUCUCCAUGGAAAAGGAGGCGCUGCAACCAAGAAUCCUUACCGGGGAGUGGCUGAAUUCCCACCUGCAGCCUGGUCCCGACUUGUUUUAUGCUCCACUCCGCCCCAUCCAGGGGCGUUAGGGCUGACUGAACAUUCACCAUUCCUGCUCUGUGGCUCCUGUGGCUAGGAGGGUACAGUGCCUGGCACAGAGUAAGCAUUUAAUAAAUACCACAAUACCGGGCCACAAGAUGACAGAUCGUCGGCCAGGAGCAGGAGCCAAGGGAAGGAGGAAAUGCUCAGAUGAGACAGUUGAACAAAUAAGUGGUUAAUACAGUGCUUUGCACCUAGCAAGUGCUCAAUAAAUACGAUUGAAUGAAA